AUUAUGUAUUUUGAAAAUCGGUCUACUACCCCCCCCCUUUCAAAACCACUCGCUCAAAAAUUCCUCUCAAACACUAUAAUCGAGACAAUUACUUUCACCAUGUUUUCUGACGCCGGUAGAGUUUUUGCUCGCCGGCGUCGAGAUAUUGUUUGCUUUUCUCAAUCCUUUCGCAACCUUUCUCGAUUCUUACUUCAUUUGUUUAUAAUCUUUUACCAUCCUUCACUCCUUUCACCUUGCUUCCAUGGUGUUCCUUUGUACCGCGAUAACAUUAAUAGAGGUUUUCCGGCGAACCCUGUAUCCCUCAUAAGGCCCGUGAACUCAGUGAAGGAGGAACCGAUGUCCAGUCACUCUCCAAAUGCUAAAUUUGAGAGUUGUCUCCCGAAAAUCUCUAGAUCUCUGAAAUCUAGAACUUUCGCAAUCCUCGUCGCUCAUUACCUCUACCGGAUCCCCUCGAAGACAAAUCUGUCAUCUCCUUCUUCCUUGAUGGAAUGGAGAGCUGAUUUGACGCUGAAACCAGUGAUGAUGAUUUUAACGGCGGAAGUAUUAAUCUUAAACCUAACCAAGCCGUGUUGCUCUUUCAUUGCCUCAUAUCCGUACACAUGCGGCGGCAUCAACAACAUCUCCCCAACUGAAGCAACCCUAGGUUUCAGCUUGUUGGGCCUUUCGAAUUGUUGCAGCCCAUCUUCCCUGUCUCGGCCCACUUCCACAAAUCUCAGCCUAUCUCAUAAUCACAGCAGCCCAGGUUGAUUUAUUUUAUUUCCUCACCAAAUCCAUCUAUAAGAUUAUGUCGUUUUUACGGUUUGAGCAGCCAUGGACUCUUCUCUCUCCCUGAAGCGACUCUCUGUAUUUGGCUCUGCGAGUAUUCCUUACAAACCAUGUUGUUGAACUCCCUUCUGGCUAAAGGCAAUGAAACCGAAUCAAUCCAGCGGCCACACUCUAAUUCAAACCAGCGGCCACACCUAAGAGAUGUGUUUCUUCUUGUUUUGCUUCCACCCUCUCGAACCAUAGCUAAGCUUUCUCAACAAACUUUCAAAAUCUUAUUUAGAACUGCACUCUUACUUGACCUCGAGGGUCUUUGGCGUCCAAGCAUCUCCGUCAUGGAAAGAACCUCGGCUCCGCCUUCCUCCUAUAUGGUGAGAACCUCGGUUCCACCUUCUUCCUUUACGGAGAAGAACCGAACAAUAUCCUUAGUUGUUCCACUGAUGUCCGUGUCGGUGUUCGGUAAGGCUAAGUAUCCUUUUCCAAAGUCACAAGAUCUGAUGAUAAUGACUAUUUCUAAAAUUCCCGAACAAUUCGCGGAAGUGUUCUCGACACACCAUGAUCUCGUUUGUGGUUUGUUGCUAGCUAGCUUCUGUCUCCGAGUUUCUACGGAUAUAUCCUUAAAGCCCUUUGUUUAUGUUAUCUUUCUUAUCAAUGUUGUAAAUCUUUGCUCAAAAACUUUGUAUCUUUUUCCCCUUUGGAGGUUGAAUGUGAAACAUCCCGACCCAUUUUUUUUAAAC